UCGUUUCCGAAAACUUGGAAUGUUAGAACUGCGCGAUACUGCCCGGGGCUCCAGAACCUCCGGGUUCGGGGUCCGGGUUCGGUGCCCGGGGACGGAGCGGUUCUGCAGCCCCGGUUGGGUUGUUUCGGCUCGGCUGGGCUGGGCUGUGUUGGCGCUGUCUGCUGGUUUAUCUGAGGUCACAGUGAACCCGGUGACUCCUGUGUGUGUGUGUGUGUGUGUGUGUGUGUAUGUAUGUGUGUGAGUGUGUGUGUGUGUGUGCGCGCGCGCGCAGUAACAACAGUUGCAUCCCUGCAGUGCAUCGCUCGCCGCUGCAGAAACUUUACAGAUGUUUUCUUUGUUUUGGUACAGCUGCUGCUUUCGGUUUCGUGCCGUCGAAUAAUCAGCAGGACAGGAUUGACUGAUUUGAUUGAUUUUGAUGCUUUCGGGCGGCUCUCAGCGUCGUUGUGUUUCAAUUUGUUUCUUUGCUAAAGGUGACAGUGAAACCUGUAGUUUGAGUUUCACCUGGCGUGUUCUCACAGUUCUCUAACACAGAUUAAUUGAUUAAUCAUAUUUUACAUUUUUUAGUACAUUUUUUUUUUUUAGUCUAGGUUUGUUUUUGCAAGUGUGUUUCAGUCUCUUGUGUGCCAGUUUGUUGGUUUUCUUUGUUAAACAUGACAUUAAUUUGAUUAUUUUGAUGUUAAUCAUUCAAAUUUUUCACUGCCUUUCAUAUUUUGGCUAAACAGUUAAAUUGAUUUUCAUUCUGUUAAUGUGACAGUAAAUUAAUUAUUUUGACAUUGAUCAGAUAUUUAGUCAAACCAAAGAUAUUUUCUUUGGUUUGACUAAACAAUUAAUCCCUUAAUUGAAAACCUGUUGAGCAUUUUAUUGUGUUGAACUGACACAAUAAAAUGUUAAAAUCAUUUUAGUUCAUUUUCAUUUGUAUUCGGCUCUAAUAGGAGACGCCUGCAUCAUUACUGCUGAUUUAAAAUAAUCACGUUUUCAUGAGUGCAUGUUUUACCUGUUUAAACAGUGUAAAGCAAAUAUUUGCACCUGAAGCUGAAGUGUGAAUUCUGGGUGUUUUUGCUCUAAAAACCAGUUAAAGUUAUUUUCCAUGAAAUAAAUCCUAAUGUGGCGUCUCUGAUUUUCCUGCAAUAUGACUGUGUGAAUCAGAUUCAGCCUCAGUUUCAUCCCAGAAAUCUGCACUGAACACAAAGAGACUGCAGAGGAAGAGAAACCUGACAACACACCAGGAAUCAUUCUGAGUCACGCAGAAAAAAAAUCUCAGAAUUAAAAACAGAAAGUGUGUCUGGAUCAAUAAAUGCAUCCCAAGCUUCUCAGUCAGGUGUGAGUGUGUCCGGGAACAGGUGUUAUUACUCGUGCAGCUGAGCUCAGAUGAUUAUUAGCACGUUAAAGGUGGCGAGCGGCGUUCAUGUAGGAGUAAACCUCAUUGUUUUUCUGUCAGUAGGUGUGGUGUGUUCUUGUGAUCGUGGGAAAUCAGAGCGCGGGGUCUGUGUGUUUGUGUGUUGAAACGGAUUGUUUUGUCCAACGAUACUUCCUGUCAGGAGCUUCCUCUCUCUCUCUCUCUCUCUCCCUCUCUCUCUCUCUCUCUCUCUCUCUCUCUCUCUCUCACACAGUGCGAGUUGGUUCAUGUCAGUGUGGGAGGAGGAGGAGGAGUGGGCGGGGCUUGUUCGUGGGUUUUUUUUGUUUUGUUUUGUUUUUUUUAUCCCCCUCCUAUUUUUGUUAGCACCUCCCGCCAUCAAUUCUGGGUGCAGUGAGGUUCCCCGUCAGGCAGAGGUUGGGUGUACCCACUGCAUACCCCCCCCCCCUCUCUCUCUGUUUACAUCGUUAUCUCUCACCCCUCACUACCCCUCCUCCCCCUCUUCCUCCCUUCCUGUACGUGCUGCUGAGCAGAUGCCAGCCAAGCAGCCAGGAGCCCUUUGUCCCCGAGUCACCUCCCACCUACAGUUCUCGCCCCUUUCAUUUAUUUAUUUAUUUCCUGACGUGGUGGAUGCGGCUCAGCCGGAGGCGGGAAAACUGUGACAUCAUUGGUAAUUAGAUGGGUGGUGUUCGGCUUUACCCUCGGAGUAAGAGGAAGAAAGAAAGAAAAAGAAGCUGGGCUGCGAGGCACAUACUCAACAGUUUAUAGGAUAGUGAGCACAAAUGGUGCGUUCAAGACAUAUGGGAGAAAGAAGACGGUCCACUGGCUGCUUCCUGUCGCCCUCAAUUAGCUUCCAGAAGUUGCCGAUGUAGCUAAAGCCCAACAGAAACUUCUAUGAGACCAGAAGAAGCAGCUGGUUGUGGCUGAACUACCUUCUGCCCAUGUCUCUACCCAUGUCCCUCUUUAGGUUUCCAGAAGCUGUCCAGUCAGAUGAAAGUGGGCUUUGAUUGGAGCAUGACUGAUAUAAGAUAAAACUUUAUUAAUCCCUCAGGUCAGCCAUGUGGACAGACAGACAGACAGCAGCAGCCAUGGAGCAGAAGUCGUAUGUCGAGUACCAUGACUUGGAGGCUGCCGAAGCGCUCGUCAGCAUGAGCUUCUGGGGUCAAAGGUCGCACAAGCCCCGCCCACUGACGCCCACCUCCGACUCCUGUGACUCUAUCCAACUCCACUCAGAGGGCACAGAUACACCGAAAGACCUGAUCGCCCUCUCCUCGUUGUGUAUAACUCCGCCUCAAAGUCCAAGCUUUGCCGAGGCCUCUGCCACUCCCAUCCUCACCAUCGCCUCCAAACCGCACUUGCCCUCCCCCGCCCUUCACAGCGACCCCCAUGCCGUCACUUCAGAGACCUCAGCACUUGCACCUCACUCAGAGUCGGCCUGUGUGGCUCCACCCAGCAGAGCGAUGGCCACCAGUGUCAUCCGCCACACCGCCGACAGCCUCAGCCUUCCUCUGCCCAACACCGAGCUGUCAGAAACUUCCACACAGCCUCCGCUGCCAAUUCUGCAGACGCUUCCAGAGGAGAAGGACGACCCUCCCCCAACUCCUGACACCCCACCAUCGCCUCCCGCCUCAGCUUCUCCGCCUCACUCGCUGUCUUCCUCACCGCUGCUCUGCCAGGUUUUCCCGGUGAACGGCCGAACGGGGAUGAUUUCCGCCUUCGUCCAGGCUCCAGUUCAGGUGCAGGGGCCGGGCGGGCCCAAGCCCAUCCUUCCCCAGUCUCCCACUCCCAGCUUCGCCCAGCCGCUGCUGCUGGGCUCUGCCGUGCCGCAAGGGACUGUGAUGUUUGUGGUGCCACAGCCACCCGUGCCCCAGCCGCAACCGGGCCCGCAGACCGUCAUGACCUUGGGCAACACCAAGCUCCUCCCACUCGCCCCAGCUCCUGUUUACAUGCCUUCAGGAGCGAACAGCGGCACCUCGCAGGCAGACUUCUCUCGCAGACGGGACUACGUGUGCACUUUCCCUGGGUGCAAAAAGACCUACUUCAAGAGUUCACACCUCAAGGCUCACCUGCGCACACACACAGGUGAGAAGCCGUUUAGCUGUCACUGGGAGGGCUGUGACAAGCGGUUUGCCCGCUCCGAUGAGCUUUCCCGCCACCGCCGCACGCACACCGGUGAGAAGAAGUUUGUCUGCAGCGUGUGCGAACGGCGGUUCAUGCGCAGCGACCAUCUGACCAAACACGCCCGACGGCACAUGACUACCAAGAGGGCGUCAUCGUGGCCCGGCGAAACCCGAGACCUCAGCAAAGGCGCCCUGCCAAAGGGUCAGAAUAGAGGCCCAGCACUUCCUGUUGGCGUGCUGGUUCCUGCCGCCAACUAACUAACAGACUAGUGUCACUCACAGGGCCAUCUCAGGAGCCCCGGGGGGAGGGGCCAAACACCGACCAGACUCUUAAAGAGUGACUGUGACUGGUUGUUUCAAUCAGCUCCGCCCACCACAUCAGGACGAUGUUUUGUACUCGGCUACGUUUACACGACCUCAGAACAGGGUCAGACACACCUGGACUCGUUUUACAGGGACCUGUCCUGCUCACUUCCUGCUCUGAAGGGUAGCUUAGCAUGAAUGCCAGUUCAAAAUAAGCCUCAGUUAUCUAAAACCCGCCUUCCAUUCAUGAUCUCUCUAAAAAAGCCGCCAUGGCUCAGAUCACACUGGCUUCUCAUUGGCCAGGGUCUGGAAGCCUGCUGAGGGGAGAAUAGUAGAUUUACUUCAGCUAUAUUAGUAUAUGGAAGUUCAGGAAACAGGCACCAUUGAUCGAGGGCGUUUUGUCCUUAACCGACCAAUCACCAUGUGUUAGCAGAAUGCUAACAGCUUCACUGUGAGAAAAACUGAAGAACCUUUAUUACCAGGAAGUGAUUGCUCUUCUAUAUAAGGAGAUCUGUCACUAGCUGAUGUCAGCUUGUCACAGAAGUGGCAGGAAAAAACCCCCCAAAAACCCAAAACCCCGUUGGUCCCGUGAUUGAUGUUUCAGCACAUGUAUGACGCAGACAGGAGAGCAGAGCAGGUCCCUUCAGGAGUUUAAGGCCGUCCUUCGAGUGGAGGAGGCGCUCAGAUGAAUCCAGUUCUUUUCUAUGUUCAUGCUGCCGAGAGUCAAACGAUCUGAGUGCCGCUGUUUUCCUGUUACUUUUGUUAACGUAGACAUAGCCGUUGUCAGCAGAGGACGGCAAGCUUUCUCCACCAUUCUCAGGACAUUUUAUUUCCACAAUCCACAAACACACCGCCGCAGGAGGAGGAGGAGGACCUGAAGGCACCAGGCUGCUACUCACUCACAGACACCCACACAAAGCCGACGUUGCACUGGAAUAUUUUUGAAUCUCACUUGUUUUUGUACUCUCUCUCUCUCUCACCCGCCGUGUACCAUCACGGCUGCGUCUUUUUAGCAACUCGUUAGCGACCUGUUAGCGACUCGUGUGCACUCUUAUUGUUUGCCAAAGCCUCAGUAUCAUGCUUCUUAGCCCACUUCUGUUCUGACUGUAAAUACUGUAAAUAUCUUGAUAUCUAUAUGAGUGUUAUGUGUAAUCCGAUCUACAUUUAUUCACAGUACGAGAUAUUAAUAUUUUAAGAGUCUGUGGACAGUAUUCGUUACUGUGAUACUACCUACUAUCUUUGCUUUACACAUUAUUAUUAUUAUUAUUAUUAUUAUUAUUAUUAUUAUUAUCAUUGUUAAUAUUAUUAUUAUUAUUAUUUAAUAAACAUUUGUUGAGGAAAGUGCUGUUUUUGAUAGCUUGAUUUGGCCCAUAGUGUAGCCAGUAAAAAUACCUCAUGUUAUUAAAUGUUAUUCUUAAUAAUAACAGCUUAUAUUAAAAUAAUCCUUUUCUUUUUCUUUUGAACAUUUGCCUGUACGCCACGGUGAUGGUGAAGAAAAAGGCUUUUAUAAUAAAAUGUUACCACGAGGCUGGCACCAGCUGG